UUAUCGUCGCUUGCUUCAUUGUUGCCGCUUAUUUUGACACAUGGCGGCAUACGUGAAUUUCUAACGUCCUGUAUGAUGAUCAGCAACGAAGGCUAGAGUGAACGUAUUAGCGUGAGAUUUUUGUUGGUUUAUCUUUCCCAGAUUUGAUCAUGUCGUCGGCCUGGACAGCGCGCCAAGGGGAAGUGGGUGAUCUGAGCAGCAACACUAAAGAUCAGCUCUUGGAGAUACUGUCACGACAGGAAAAGUUACUGUCUAAUAAGAGAUUUAUUCAGAGCCUUCCAGAUAAGGGAAAGAAAAUUGCUGACUUUGUGGAGAAAGUACACCUUGCACUUGGACAUCUGGAGGAGGAGGAAAGAAAACAAGCAAGUUUAAUCUCUGUCCGGACAGAGUUUCAGGCUAAAUAUCAAGAUGCCUUUGCCAAGCGAAGCACAGAUAAGCAUUUAGAAUCCAAUUUAGACAUCAUUAUCCCAUCCCAUGACAGAAACAAAGCCAAUGUCAAUAUCGAUGCAGCUAACAUACAGAAAAAUGGUGGUCUGUUGGGCCAAGAGGAGUCUUUGACAUCCCAGCCGGAGGCUGCUGAAACACUGGGAACAGCCACUGGGAAUGCACCAGCCUCACUGAUGAAAGACACAGAGCUUGUGGAGGCGUUUGACCGAGUAACUCUUGAUGAAAGUAACAGUGGCUCCCACCAAGACACCAUAAAAACCCUGCAACAGAAGAAACCACAUUACAUAGAAGUUCUGGAGAAGACAGAGAAAAGUGUGAACACGAGGAAGCCCAGAUUCAAACCAAACCAGUUAGUCAUAAAAUCUGAGUCUUCGUCACCUAGUUCGGCCUCUGGCAGCGCCACGCCACUUACUGCAGAGGCCAAAAGACAACGAGACCGAAAACACCUGGAUGACAUCACUGCCGCCCAACUUCCACCUCUGCACCACAGUCCUGCCCAGCUGCUGUCAUUAGAGGAGUCCACUGACCUUCUGCGAGAGCAGACCAGAAAACACCUGGAGUUGCAGGCCAAACAAGCGGCCCAGAAGCUGGCAGAUGGUCUGAGUUUGAAGAUGGAGAGUUACAACCCAGAAGGAGGCCCAUUGGCAGCCUACAGAGAGGUGCAUGACGAUGGGGCCCAGCUUUCCUCUGAGGAGGACUGAUCGUGGGGCCCUACAGAGAGGGCACUGGCUUGUUGAUAUGUUUGGCCCCUUGCCCUGGACCAGCUCUAGGCCUAGAGCCCAAGCUUCAGGACCCUGGAGAGAGGCUUUCAGCCUGAGGACAAGAGGAGGGCUCUUCAUGAACUGCGCUGACAAUGUCUUAGAUUCUGCCAUUGAAGAUGCGUAACGGCAGGUUGAAUCAAGUAAAGAGUUAUUGUGCGAAAACCGACCGUUUUUUUGCAUGUGGAAACGUUACUGUCCAACAGUAACAGAUUAUCUUGGCAAGCUAAUGCCAAAAAAAAUCCGAUACCUCGGCAGGUCCACACCUGUUGUCUUGUGUAGAAUAAUAUAAUUUGAAGCUCUUAUCAGACAUAACUUCAAGGGUGUAGGUUGUGUGUUAUUCUGAAGACGGUAAUAGAAUAUUUUUGUAUGACCUUUCUUAGUGUUUAUUUAAAAAACCUUUGAAUUGACCUCUAAAGCUUGUGAUUGGUUCUUUGAAUCAGAUAACAGAAACCACAGUUUUAUGAACUAAAGGUGGAAGCACUUAAUGUUUUGUCACUUGAGUGCAACAGCCCGGGAAAUGUCUGUCUCCCUCCCUUUUCGCAGCAUUGUUUUGAUAAGCGCCCCACUGGUUUGAUUGGAAUGAGUCAGCUGUCGUUUGAAGGGAGGGAUGUUGUUAUCAGUGCAGAAAUCUGUGACAUGCCUCAGAUGAUUAAUAUAUGUAAUGUGAAAUAUUGAGGCUUGAAGGAAUUAGACCAAUUGGUGGAGUACAUCUGGAUUUUAUUUAGAUCAUGUUACGGCAUGAAGUGGCAAUGCAUUCUGGGAUGGCAACAGAUAGACGUGACAUAUGGUACAUGCGAUUUCCAAAGCCACGAGCGCUAAUAAAAAUUCUUAAAAUUCACUCUUUCAACUUCUCAGGAUGUAAACAACAUGUUUUCUUUCACGUAUUGUUCAGGAAACUUUAUAUUUAAAUGGAGAAAAGGAGCUUGAAGGUGGAGGAAAUCCAAAUCCGCGCCGCUCUGCAGUUGAUGACCUGUGAUAACCUCUGGUAAUUGCUUCUGCCCGUUGAUGGGAACUGCUGCCUCAGAAAAAAACGUCCUAACACAUCUGGCAGGUUAGUGUUUAGACACCGUGUGUGACGAACUCCAGAGUGCCUUAUCCAGACGUCUCGUGAUAAAUAUGUCAGUCUUGUCCAGAAAGAAUCUCCUCUCUAUGUGGUAUUAAUUAAGUCUACCUUGCAUACAGAGGAAAAAAAGACUGUUAUCAAUUACACACUAGAUUCCCGUGCUGAUCUGAUCCGCUCGUGAGUACAUAGAUAUGCUUGAGUUGGUCUCAAGCAUGCGUCCCGAAAGUGUCUUCAAGUUGUUUUUUUGCUGCAGUUUUUGCUUUCCACAUGCCCCCACGCCCAACGUCUCGAAUUAAUAAACGUCUCGUGGAGUCAUCUGCAAGUGGUUUUCAUCUACCGCAAGUGUGAAAUCAUGCCCUCGGAGAAUGGGCAAAGUUUUUAAGCUGCGAACAGGAUGAAAGGAUACUGUUUUUGCCAAUGAAAACACAUUGCAAUGCAGCAGAGAAUACGAACUAAUUAUGCAGGGUAGAAUAAAGUUGGAAGAAUGCAUUUUUCUUGCUACUUUAUCUGGUUUGAAGGCAUUUUGAUUCAUCACUGCUUUGAGACAUAAAUCUGUCUUUGUUCCUCUCCCUAGCCUUUUCUGUGUCUACUCUAGAUCUAGUUUCACAGUAAAUCUGAGCUCUAAUGAGACUCUGAGCAGGUCACAUACACUAAUGCAGAUCUUUUUGGCUUAAGGUCCCCCUUUUUCUCCAAGAAUAAGGCCCUUUCAUUUAAUCCGAUAUGUGGCUCUUGUACUUCUGUAGUAAUAAAUUGAACUUAAUGUAUAUCUGUAUUUUUAAUGCUUUUGUAUACAGAAUAACAGAAUAAAAAUUUUUGGCUGAAUAAUUCCCGUUAAGUUUAAACUGAAGGUUUGUUGAGGGCCCCCUGGAUGAGGACCAUUAGGCUAAUGUUUUAUUUAGAUGACAUUACAAUCAGCCGUGUCAUUGUGUAGUUCUGUAGUUUCAAAUCCGUCUGGUUUUGAUAGCAAUAAUUAUACAGCACUUAGUUGUAAACCAAUUAACUUCCCAAGAAGUCUUCCUAUGUUUACUGCCGGCCUUAGGCUAAUUAAGACAAGGACAAUGAUUCAGUUUUUAAUCAAUACAUUUGCUUUCAAAUCUUUGGUUGGAGUGUGGUUAUGAUACAGUGGUUGCUAAUGCAGGAAGAAGAGGGUGUAUCAGUGCUUGAAUGAGAAACCUCAGUAUUGACUGUUGGCUGUAGAGAUGUCUGGAUUAAAUGGAAAUGUUAUAAAUCAGGAUGCUGUUGAAAAAAAACACUGUUUAUUUAAUUCCUGAUGUUUCCAGCAAUGUGGUCAUAUGAUCAGGAAAGACUGACGAUCCCACAUCAGCUCCCUCAAGUCUGUACAAAAGUGCAAUGAGAGAAAUACAUAAAUGCACGAAAAAGGAGUUAGAAUGCUUAUCUCCUUAUUUCUUUGACUUUACUAAUACUCUUGACAAAAAUACUGUGAUUGUACCAAGAUUGUUUCAGAUGAUGAUGCUUUAGUACAUUGCAGUACAUCAUCAUAUUUAGUUAUUACCAUAUUGUCACAUUUUAUUUUUACAUAGCGCUCUAAGGUAGUUAUUGAUGAAAAAUGAAAAAAAUAACAUUUUAGACGCAUAUCUCAUGUAAAGUGAUUAAAUAGUCAUGCCUCACUUAUGCAUCCACUUAUCCCAGUUAAAACUGAUUUUAUAUAUAUAUUUUAUGUAUGUAAUGUUGCAGAAACAGUUUUGGAAGUUGGAACAACAUGAAGAUGAUUAAAUAAGAGAAUGCAGAAUUUUUGUAUGGAGCCACUUUGCAUUCUAUAUAUUUUUCCUUGAUAAAGUGUUUGGCAGUACUCACCCACCCAGACAUGCAAAAAUUGUUUCCCUAAACAGACAGCAGAUGGCAGCAGUGCUUCUGUUUCCAUGCUGAAUAAAACCCUCUGUUUCAGUCAUUUAGACAGAGAGGGUUCUCUUUUUUUUUUUGUCUGAAGAGGUUUUUAAUGCAAUUAUUCUCAACCAUCAGAUAUCUCUUAUAUUGGUAUUUAGUGCGUUUUACUCGUGGGAGCUCAAUGAGAUGAUUCAGCAUAAUUUUGUUGCCAUUAGUGGCUUGAGCUUUUUCCAAUUCCUUUCAAUAGCUAAAUCAUCUUAAAAGUGUAAUGGGUAAUUUGAUACACAUGCAUGCUGGAGUUGUAGAUGUAUAUUUAGCUUAGAGAUCUAAUAACUACGAAAUAUCUGCCAUAGCGGGGUUUACACCUGCAGAAGAUAAUGUUUGUUCUCGAGAUGAUCCUCCAGAUCUGGGGGAAAAUUGUAUCGUUUCAAAUAAUAGUCCACAUGUGCUUAAACAAACUGUUGCUCUAAGAAGUUUGCAUAACAAUUAUGAGUUAGCUGGUCUGCCUCAAAAGCACGGAGCAAGAGAGAUGGGGAGAUUAAUAACCGCCAAAAAACUGCCAGCUUUCUGCUCAGCCACUGUCUGGCCUGGCACGGCUGUAAAGCCUGUCAAAAACUCAUCACGGUGAGGAAGCCGCCUCAGCAGGGAUGCUUCGAGCUGCCAGGGCACGGUGGGGGAAGAAAAUGGAGCCGCUUGCCCAGCAGCGUGUGAUCAUAAUGAGGAGGAAAAUUCCCAUUCUUGUAUCCAGAUUAAUGUAACAACAACAAUGUGCUUUUGUCCAACUUUUUUUUUUUCUUCCCUUGCCUGUAUUACUCAAAGCCUCCGUUCCCUUUUUCGUCCAUCAGCAGUACAGCGAGCGUUGAGUUACUCGGUACAGAGGUUUCUUCAGAGGUUUAAUGCAUCUCAUGGGUGGGAUUUUGCAUAGACGUACUUGCAUGUUGUGCGAGUUUCUGGUUCUUUAGCAAGCCGAGGAAAAUUAAUUUGGGUUACCAGGCAUCCGAGUACCAUCUCCAAGCAAUGAGCCUCUCUAUCUGUGUACAUGUGUACAUGAGGUCAGUCUCAAGCUGUCUGCAGAUGAAUGCAGUGUAAUGCUGUUUUUAAUUAUUUCCAUGCUAUUCAAGUGAAAUCAUGCUUUCUCAUUUCUGAAUGCACCAAUUGACAAGCACCAGGAGUGUGAAUUAGCAGCUACUCAGGGAAUACUGCCAGACGUUACAAAUGGAGAGUGCUAACUUCAUUUAAAGGGUCAUGAAAUACAAUCGGCGACAUGUCAAAUAUUGUCAUUGCCUACUUUACAGUGUUGCAGGUGCGAAAGAGGCAAACCGCUGAGGCUGAAAAACACACUUUGGACUGGACUAGAUCUGGUUUGUGUCAUUUAGUUCUAGAUUUAUUUAUUUAUUUAUUUCCCAAUGGCCAGAUUCUCUUAUAUUAUACGACUCCAGCACGACUUGUAAAGAUUUGCUCACUGGGCCCUUGGUCGUACAACAGAAGUAAAAAGCGUGCAGUAAAAACAAGGCAGUUCUUCUCAGCCCAGCUCAUAACAAUUACAGAGCCUUGAUAUGGACCCAUAGCCUUGUUUAUGUGCUGUAAUGUUGUCCUCGUGCCAAGACAACCUUGAGUGCUGGGAGCCCUGGUGUUUCUGAUUGGAGCUACAUGUUGACUUUGCUAGUCUGCAGCCUGGCUUAAUAGACUGCAAGUUUAUGUGUGUGUGUGUGUGUGUGUGUGUGUGUGUGUGUGUGUGUGUGUCUGUUUGUGCACCUCCUAAUUUGUUUAUUUACAUAAGCAUUCUCCCCACAAUCCCUCUGUCAUGAAAACCGGAGCUUCAUCUCCUCAAAAGGCAAACAUAUUUUUCUAAUGAGGAAGGAGAUGCUGUCCAAGCCCAUAAUGAUCUUAAGCUGUGGAAAACCGACUGUAUUAAAAUGCAAUAAUUAUCUUUAAUUUGCUUUUAAUUGACUUCUUCUACUGCGUUGUCCUUUGUUUUAGUCAAUAUCAUAACCUUUGACCUUAAGUGGCGUGUUUCUAGCCAGAACUCAAAUGAGGGGAAUGCGGAGAAACACCUCCUUGUUAUGUCCUGAGGAGUGAUUCAGCGGGCGUGGAGUUUAUCGGGCGCUUUAACUGCAUUUCAGCGGGAUGUUUGUCUUCCUGUGCUUUUCUGUUCGGUGCCAAUGUUAAACGAAACAUAAUUGCGCACAGGACCGUGACAAUUGCUGAAAUGUAUCACGAACUGGCAAUCGUUCAUCGCCUCGAGUUGGUAAUGCUGUCUUUUACAGGUGUCACAGUUUAAAGUAAUAUAAAGCAGAGCAAGAGACAGAGGAACCUUUCCUUAUCUGCCUCUUGCUUCUCUACUGUUGAAAAUUUCUUUUGCCCUUUUUUCUUUCCCUUCCCUUUUGUUUCUU